CUCCGGCUAGCGCCGUAAGCACGUUAGUACUCAAUGAGCACCAGUGUUUGGCUUUGGCUUGACAAGUUUCCCUGGACGAUCAUGGGGGGUAGGAGUGAGUAGUUAGUUGACACAUCGGUGAAAAAAGUUGCGGUUCGUUUUGCGUGUGUUUCAAGUACACUUUGGGAUCCGGCGCUUUGUCAAAUGUAGGAACUUUCCGAUUUUUCCUCCUGAGCGAUCCGACAGCCAGCCAAGUCUACACUGGGAAACCAGACACAAGAGAGAAGAUGAACAGCCUGUCCUUUGACGAUCCUUCGUUGGACAAUCUGGAUCCAACACUGUCGCUCAAUGACCCCAGCGAUAUUGACACGGCCCUCCUGAGCGACAUUGAUGACAUGCUACAGCUCAUCAACAACCAGGACAUGGAGUUUGGUGGACUCUUUGAUGCCUCUCCAUAUACAUCGGCUCCUUCCACCCAAGAGAUUCCUGGUUUGACCCAGACCAUCACCCCAGCAGCCCCGCCAGCCGCCACUGCCACGCCCCCAUCCUCAUCCUCCUCCUCCAUACUAAGCAGUAGCCCCCACCUGGAUGCACUCCUGGGCCCUCCCAUCACCCGCAGCUCCUCCACCCCAGACAAGGCCUUCCAGCCUCCUACCUUCCAGCAGUCUCCUCUGGCUCAGGUACCCACCACCACCCAGAGGCAGCAACCAGCAUCCCCGCCACAGGCUCAGACCCUCAGACAGCCCCAGGUGGAGCAGUCCCAACCCAUCGUCAGCCCGCCUGCCCCGGCCCAGGCAGCUUCACCUAAUGGCUCACCAGGACCAAAUCCAGCGUUCACUUCCACGCCUCAGGCUCUCUUCACCUCUCCGGCACCCCAAACUCCACCUCAGCCCCAGCCACAGACGCAACCUCAGGGCCGGACCACCUACAGCAGCCAAAGCAGCUUCACAGCUGGCAGCCCCAGCAGUGUAAGCACACCUGCCCCCAGCCUGUCGUCUUCACCUCCAAGCGUUCAGCCGGUGACCAUCCAGACUCAGAUCCAGGGGCUGACCACCGCCUCUCCUCUCCUGACCACAUCAGGAAGCCCUCCAGCUCAAACCAUCGCACCCCACGUACAGCAAGUACCUGUGUUGCUGCAGCCCCAGUUUAUCAAGGCUGAGUCUCUGCUGCUGACCACCCUGAAGCAUGACCCCUGUAUGGUCACCACUGUGGCCUCUCCCACCUCUCUGGCCACCACCACCCCGGUGCAGAGCACCUCGCUGCAGGCCUUUAUGGGCGGGGGCACUAUCCUGACUACGGUGCCUGUCAUGGUGGAUGCUGAAAAGCUGCCUAUCAACCGCAUCGCCAUCAGUGGCAAGCCAGUAGGCCAGCCACACAAGGGGGAGAAGCGCACAGCCCACAACGCCAUCGAGAAGCGCUACCGCUCUUCCAUCAAUGAUAAAAUCGUGGAGCUGAAGGACCUGGUGGCCGGCACUGAAGCCAAGCUCAACAAGUCUGCCGUGCUGAGGAAAGCCAUCGACUACAUCCGCUACCUGCAGCAGUCGAACCAGAAGCUCAAACAGGAGAACAUGGCACUUAAAAUGGCAGCCCAGAAAAACAAGUCUCUCAAGGACCUGGUUGCCAUGGAGGUAGAUGGACAGGCUGAUGUGAAGAACGAGCUGCCCACCCCUCCAGCCUCUGAUGUGGGCUCCCCGACUUCUUUCUCACACUGUGGCAGCGACUCAGAGCCUGACAGUCCAAUGGGAGAGGACACCAAGCCGAGUGUGGGCAUGUUGGACGGAUCUGCAGCAGGCGGCAGCGCUGGCGGCAUGUUGGACCGUUCUCGUAUGGCGUUGUGCGCCUUCACCUUCCUCUUCCUCUCUCUCAACCCUCUGGCUGCUCUGCUCUGCUCGUCGGGUAGCAGCUCAGCUGGAAGCACUGCAGCCAUCACCAGCCAUCACACGAGCAGGAGCGUCCUGGGUGUGGAUAUUGCAGCUGACUCAUGGGGCUGGAUGGAUUGGAUGCUUCCCACUAUUCUGGUGUGGCUACUGAACGGUAUUCUUGUGUCUGGGGUUCUGAUCCGGCUGUUGGUAUAUGGAGAACCUGUAACCAGACCACACUCUGGAUCAUCUGUUCUGUUCUGGAGGCACCGCAAACAGGCUGACCUGGACCUAGCAAGAGGAGAUUUUGCCCAGGCCAGUCACAACCUGUGGACCUGUCUGAAGGCUCUCGGUCGGCCUUUGCCUACCUCCCAGCUGGACCUGGCCUGUGCUGCCCUCUGGUCUCUGCUGAGGUUCUGCCUCCAGCGCCUGUGGGUGGGCCGCUGGCUGGCUGCCAGGGCCGGAGGGCUGCGAUCUGAUCGCCCCCUGCAGGAGGACGCCUGCAAAAGCAGUCGUGACGCCGCCCUGGUUUACCACCGCCUGCACCAGCUUCACAUGACAGGUAAGCUGAACGGCAGUCACCUGUCAGCAGUGCACAUGGCUUUAAGUGCAGUGAACCUGGCAGAGUGCGCGGGCUCAUGUCUGCCUGUAGCCUCUCUGGCUGAGGUCUACGUCUCUGCAGCUCUACGAGUCAAAGCCAGCCUGCCAAGAAUUCUGCAUUUCUCCUCACGUGUGUUCCUGAGCAGCGCCCGCCAGGCCUGCCUGUCGUCCAGCGGCAGCGUGCCUCCAGCCAUGCAGUGGCUCUGUCACCCGCUGGGCCACCGCUUCUUUGUGGACGGGGACUGGGCCAUUCGCAGCACCCCUAAAGAAAGCAUCUACAGCCAGGCCGGCAACACCGUGGAUCCUCUGGCCCAGGUGACUCAGGCGUUUAGGGAACACCUCCUGGAGAAGGCUCUGUACUGUGUGGCCCAGCCUCGUGGAGAGAAGAACCCCAGCCAGGGCGAGGGGGAGUACGCCGACGCCCUGGAGUACCUCCAGCUGCUGAUCAGUGCCUCAGAUGCGGCUGGUGCCACGUCCCAGUCCUUCGCCAUCGGCUCCAACAUGGCCACCGUGACUGGCUGCGAUCCCCACUCCAAGUGGUGGUCCUCGGUGGCCGUGGUGAUCAUCAACUGGCUCCAAGGAGACGACGCUGCAGCAGAGAGACUGUAUCCGACUGUGGAGCACCUGCCUCGCAGUCUGCAGAACGCAGAGAGUCUUCUGCCCAAAGCGUGUCUGAACACAUUCAGGGCAGUGCGGGCUCUGCUGUCCAAGCCGGAAAACUGCCAGCUGAGUCUGAGCUACAGUGACAAGGCCAGCGCCCUGCUCCGAGACAGCCUCAACCUAGGACCACACUGCCACAGCUCCAGUUUAGACAAGGUCGUCCAGUUGCUGUUGUGUGAUCUGCUACUGGUUAUGAGGACCAACGUCUGGCGUCUGCAGCAGCAAGGGGCCAGUCCUGCAGGGCCGGGAUCGGUGGGUAGCGGCGGUCCUGCAGGAAUCCACCAGGCCUCCCCACCAGAGCUGCAGGGCUUUCAGCAGGAUCUCAGCUCCCUGCGCAAGCUGGCUCACAGCUUCAGACCUGCGAUGCGAAGAUUGUUCCUCCAUGAAGCUACAGCCAGGCUAAUGGCGGGGGCCAGUCCUACCCGCACACACCAGCUCCUGGACCGCUCGCUGCGGCGCCGAGCGACGCCCGGAGCCAAGACAGAGGAGUGCGAGACGCGGCCCGGCCAGCGGGAGCAGGCGGAGGCCGUGAUGCUGGCCUGCCGCUACCUCCCGCCCUCCUUCCUGUCGGCCCCGGGCCAGAGGGUGGGCAUGCUGGCCGACGCCGCCCGGACCCUGGAGAAGCUGGGAGACAAGAGGACCCUCCACGACUGCCAGCAAAUGAUCAUCAAACUGGGCAGCGGCACCACCGUCACUAACAGCUAGAGCGACGGGACGGGGGAGGGGCUGAGAGACAUGCAUGGACGUUGUACAUAGAAACACCCGACAUACAGAAACACACUUCACAGACACACACAGGCCCAUUUUUGCAUUCUGGCGUGCAGCUAUUGAACAGAUUUGUUAAACUGUACAGAUUCAUAUCAAACUGGAUUUCCCUCAUGACUUGUCCCUCCCAGCACCCCAACCCCGCAUCAGAAGGCACUUGCAGAGUUCACGCUCCCGUUGCUACGUAGGAGGCGUUUGGUUUUCUCGUGCCGAGCUGAAUCCCCUCCUGGUGAGAAUGCGUUGCAGUGCCACAGUUUGACCACACAGAGGCGCUGCGAGGUCCUACGGGUGGACGGCGAAGCACGUGUGUGAGAAGCAUGAAGGAGAUGUUUGCCCUGUUCACUCAGAGCGGCUCCAACCCAGUUUCUUUUUCAGCACAGGUUCUACAGGCAGGAGAGCUCAGUGGGCUGGAGCCGCUCUGAUUGGCUGCAGAGCGAGCCGUCUCUUGGUUCGUGGGAGAAAACCGACCAAACUGGGAUUGGUCUGACCGUGGGCUUGUGCAGUGGGAAGCCGCUCCACAGGUUGUUCACUGCUGAAGGUGAUUUGAAUGGCUGGUGAUGAUCUGUAGACGGUGACCGACUGGCCGAGCCCUCUGUCUUUCUGCACUAGGCCUGUGAGGCUGAUUUCAAUGAGAUAAGUAAUAUUAUGGCUUUAUGAGGUUAUUUUCAUAGAGGUCGUGUUUUUGUUUUGCUGUGUACAUAUUUUAAAAUGUAUUUAUAAUCUAUAUGAACUUUGAUUAAGCAGUAUUUUGCAUAAGCAGAGUGAUAAAUGCUUAUUUUCUUCCCUUAAUCCUGCUUUAUUUGGUAGUUUUAGUCCUGGCCCACAUGAUCAAGUUACUGUACUGUGCCGCCAUCAGACGAAUGUCAACGUGGAGGCGGCAUCACGAUCAACGUGACUCUGGUGUCACGUCGUCUGACUCUGUCGACCUUUUGCACCGUCGCACACAAAUGCAGCUGUGAUAUCAAAAGCAGUUGGCAAAUCGACAACUCAACACAAACCUUUGGCACUUCAGACUGAAAUUGCGUAAAUCAUGGAGACGAUUUCUAAAUAUUUGACCAUCUUUGUCCAAAGAGGGCCUGUAGUGAAUCUUUUUUUUUUUCUUCCUUUGUAGCUCAAAGCAUAAAGAGCAAUCCUCGCUCUUUGGGUCAUUAUAGUUUAAUUUCCCUAGAGAACCGCCACUUUUUGAUUUUCAUAGUAUUGUAAAAAAAAGUUGGAAAGAAGGAGAACUUGGGUGUGUUUUUGUCUGAGGACCAGAAUGUUUUUAUAGUGCGUCACUGGUGUGAAGGACUGAGAAACAUGGGUUUGACUGCGACACGACCACGUCUGGAGGCAUCGUUCCUGUCUUCACCCGGCAUCCUUUCAUCUCCUCCUCGUUUCAUCCUUUUAUCAUGUAAAUAUUAAAACAUUUUGUAAAGAAGACGGCGGUGUUCACUGCGGUGGUUUUUAUUUUUAACGGGGUAAUGCGGGCCGAUACCAGACGACGAUAAGAAACCAGCCGAGUCUCCUUCCACUAACCUCAAAAUUAUGCAAGUAGGUCAUGGGCUUACAUGUAAAACGGGCUCCAAACUUCCUGCCAGAUGUAAAGCAGAUAUGGAAUUGGAGGGAAAUGUUGUCGGUAUAUCGCAGAACACUGUUUUAUCAAACAUUUGUGCAAGAAAAGGAAAGAAAAAUGCAUUUAAACAGUAAAUUUGAGACUGUGUGCUCUGAAAUGCGCCUGUAAUUUAAGAUAAAAGUCGGCUUUCUCACGACGGCCACUUCUGAUUGGUGCAUCCCAGUGUCGACCCCGAUCUGCAGAGAGGCACGGGUGUAAAAAUAAAACGGUCCAAACUGUG